AUGAGCACGUCCUCAGCCCCAGAACAAAUGCCCUCUCCGUCCCGCGCAUCUACCCUCCUUGCCAACCUUGCCUCCGUGAAUUCUCGUAUCUCCGCAGCGUCUACCACCAGUGACUCAGUCCGAUUAGUUGCUGUCUCUAAGCUCAAGCCUGCGUCUGACAUCCAGGCUCUCUACACCCCGCCAACGUCUCAUCUUCAUUUUGGAGAGAAUUACCUUCAGGAGCUUCUUGAAAAGUCUAAAAUCCUUCCACCAGAAAUUAGAUGGCAUUUUAUUGGUGGACUGCAAUCCAACAAAUGCGUUACACUUGCAAGAGACGUUAGAGGUCUGUGGGCUGUGGAGAGUGUGGAUACGCAAAAGAAAGCAUCACUGCUGGACAAAGGGUGGGGUGAGAGAUUGAAUAAUGAGCAACAAACUGGAACAAGCGAAGAACGACUGCGUGUUUUUGUGCAAGUAAAUACCUCGGGAGAGGAGAGUAAAUCAGGCAUUGAACCAUCUCAGACACUAGAGCUGUGUCAAUUCAUCAGGGAAAAGUGUCCGCGGCUGAAAUUGCAAGGGCUAAUGACAAUUGGAGCCAUUGCCCGCUCAAAAGCUACAACUUCGGAGACAGAGAAUGAGGACUUUGUAUGCCUACGAGAGACAAAAGAUACCGUGUGCGAGGUCUUGAAGCUUGAGGGAGAUGAAAAGCUGGAACUAAGCAUGGGUAUGAGCGAAGAUUUUGAGGGAGCUAUUGCCAUGGGAAGCAACCAGGUGAGAGUAGGCAGCACAAUAUUCGGAGCUCGUCCACCAAAAGGAGAAGCAAAAGUGGGCUCGUAG